CGAUAACAGAGCUUGGAUGGAGCGGUGGGAGAUACGGAAAUAAUGGCGGAGCGUUACGCGUACGCCUCGUUUACGCAGCCUUAUAUCGAGUCCGGGCUACAAAUGGUGGUGACCGUAAAACCGGGCCUAAAAGACUCGAAAACCUUACCUCUAAGACCCUUCACCAUGAACAUGUGGCUCAUGCUUGCAGCUAUGAGCAUGUCCACGGGGGCCAUCAUCUGGCUAAGCGAAUACUCGACGGGCAACGACCAAUUCACCAAUGACUCGUUCGUUGGAAUCGUUGGAUCCAUUAUGUGGUUUUCAGUCACUAUUAUGUCAUUUUCACAGAGUAAGUUUUAUAUAUUAUUUGAGAUAUCUGCAAUUUUUUUGAAAUAUUAGGGGUCUAUAUGUAAUUAGAGCUAACUUCAAGGAAGAAUAAUUUAAUAUACUCAAAGGGUCAAAAUCAAAUUAAAAAAAAAAUAAUAAUGAGUCAAGUAUUAGCUAGUAUCGAAACUCGGGAAAUAUGGAUGUUGAAAAUCAAUUUUCUAGUUUGUAAGGUUAUUUUCGUCAUUUCGGCAGGACAAAAUAUCAAGAAUGGUGCAUCUCAGCUUGUGCUCGCAGCUUGGAUAUGUGUGGUUUUUGUUGUCGGGGCGAGUUUUACAGCUGUCCUGAGUACGAUGAUGACUGUUCCGAGGAUCCAACCGUCAUUCCAAGAGAUAGAUUAUCUACGCAACACAAAUGCAGCCGUUGGAUGCAAUGGGAACUCGUUCAUUGUACGGUACCUGAUAGACGUUCUACAUUUCAAGCGAGAGAACGUUAGAAAAAUCGACUCAAUCGACCAAUACCCAAAAGCUUUCGAAAGCGGCGAGAUCAAAGCGGCCUUCUUUGUGGCCCCACAUGCCAAAAUUUUCCUCGCAGAGUACUGCAGAGGCUACACCAUAUCGGGGCCUAGUAUCAAACUAGGCGGCUUCGGAUUCGUUUUUCCAAAGGGAUCCCAACUAGAGACUGAUAUUUCUGAAGCAAUUUUGAGAGUAACACAAAGUGGAUAUGUGAAUAAGUUAGAGCAAAACAUGCUUCAACUUUGCAACUGCACUUCUACACCAUCAACUAGCAUCACUAGUGAAUUAGAUGAUAUCCGAUUAGACUCGGGGCCUUUCUCCGGGAUGUUCGUGGUUUUAGGUGGGACCAUGGUCAUUGCAUUCGUCUUCGCUGGGGCACGUUUGGUUCGAGAAUCGUUGAUGAUGAAGAGAAUUUUUGCGGGGGCAUUUUUGGCAUUGAUUGAAUUGUGGACAAUAUUUGGAUCAACAUUUUUCGGACAGGAGAUUAUUGAAGAUCUGAUGAAUUUGGGUCAUGGAGAUAUGUUAGAGCCAAACAUGGUGGUAGUUUAAAUGAUAUCUAUAUAUAUAUACAUACAUAUAUAUAUAUAUAAAAGUAUUUUAUGAAACAUACAUAUAUA